GUAGAUGGCGUCUUCCCAUAUGAACUCCAGCACCAUCUCUCCUGAAGAUAGCUGAGUCACAUCUCCAUAUAUUCUCACAGAGAACACUUCCCAGGCUGUAUUUCAAGGGCUCUCACGCUCGAACACAAUGCUGACGAUCACGCUGAAGACCCUCCAGCAGCAGACGUUUAAAGUGCAGAUAGAUGAGGAGUUAACGGUUAAGGCUCUUAAAAAGAAGAUCGAGGAGGAGAAGGGGAAAGAUGCUUUCCCAGCUGUCGGUCAAAAACUUAUCUAUGCAGGCAAAAUCUUGAAUGACGAUAUACCUCUAAAAGAAUACAAAAUAGAUGAGAAGAACUUUGUUGUGGUGAUGGCUACAAAGCCCAAAACUGCUGACCCCCCACCAGCUCCUGCUCCCCCAUCAGCGGCUCCUGCUCCAGUUACUGCUGCCCUCCCCGAUACCCCCGUCCAUACACCCUCAGCUCCCGCAGAGCAACCGUCAGCCUCCGCAGUGCCUGUAUCAACCCCUGCUUCUGCCCCUGUGGAGCCAGCGGCAUCAGUCGAGCCACCCGCGGCACCUGUUACAGCACCCCCUGCAGUAUCGGAAGUUGGAGCAGAGUCCAUAAGUGCGACUCCAGCGCCAGAUUCAGAGGAGGGGGACCAGGCAGCCCAGCAGGAGCUACCCAGCGUCCAUUUCGAUACUUGCGUUGUGGAUGAAUUGGGUCUUUUAGAAGAAGCCGCAUCAAUAUUAGUUACAGGUCAAGCGUAUGAGAAUUUAGUGACGGAAAUCAUGUCGAUGGGUUACGAGAGAGAACAGGUGAUCGCUGCCCUGCGAGCAAGUUACAACAAUCCGGACAGGGCAGUGGAAUAUCUGCUUAUGGGUAUUCCCACGGAAUCUGAGCAGCCUCCUCAGGAAGUGGUGCGACCUGCCCCCGUGUCAAACCCCAGCCCCCCUGCACCACAGCAACCUCAAGCGCCACCUGCUUCUGUAGCUGGUGCAGAAUCUGGAGCAGCACAGGCAUCAGGAAACCCUCUGGAGUUCCUCAGGACCCAGCCGCAGUUCCAGCAAAUGCGACAGAUCAUCCAGCAGAACCCAGCGCUCCUGCACGCACUGCUGCAGCAGCUGGGACGAGACAACCCACAACUGCUGCAGCAAAUCACGCGACACCAAGAACAGUUUGUGCAGAUGUUGAACGAACCACGUGGAGGCGAGGCUGGCGACGGAGCUGCGGAGGUCCUAGCCACGCCACAGACAAACUACAUCCAGGUCACGGCACAGGAGAAGGAAGCAAUUGAGAGGUUAAAAGCCCUGGGAUUUCCUGAGGGACUUGUCAUCCAAGCUUAUUUUGCCUGUGAGAAAAAUGAAAACCUUGCUGCGAACUUCCUACUUCAGCAGAACUUUGACGAUGAGUGAAUGUUAACAUGGGACACGAUGAUGCUUGGAGGCGAUGGAGAGGAUGCAAGCAUGUUGCGUGUUUGUGCGUGAAUGUGUGUUCAAAAAAUCUCGAAAGUUGACGUCUUCCAUGGUGAUUAUCAUGGAGUUAAAAAUGAAGCCAUGAUGUGAUGUUUAAAUCGGAGCACAGCUUCUUUUUUAUUUUUAUUUUUGAUGAUAGAUAUAGAUCAUCCUCGAAAAUGAGGUGUCUGUUGUCUGUCUGGUUUCUGCUGCUAUCACUGCUGUGUGCGUUGAGCGAGUUUUCAUUUAUCACCGUUAAAACCCUGCCAAACAAAUACAACGUAAUCUAUCAUUUCUCACCCUUUACUCUGAAUCAUAUACAUUUUUCAAAAGAAAUGUGACAUUUUAUGAUUAUGAAAAAGUGCCGCAGAAUUCAAACGCCGUUAUCACGGAUUCUUUUAUUAAAUAUUUUUGGCCAAUCUGAUAAUACUGACAGCAACUAAUACGAGUGAAGUACUCUCAACUCAAUUAAACACAUUUCACUACAUUCAAUAUGUCAUCUUAGGUCAUGUCUAAUUUUCACACCCUAUGUUUUUCUGAGUUUUUUAUUAACCCUGAUAGCACCCGUACAUCAUCCAGAUGAUUUGAUGUGUGUGUUUACAUCUGGAAGAUGUAUUGUUUAGGUUGUUUGCUCAUCUGCAAUACAUCUAUAAGACGUUUCCUCUCGGAUGUCAAUAAGAUGUUCAGCAGAUGUCUUUGAGACGUUUAUGAUUCAGUAUGAUUGUAAAUCUGAUCUUUUUAAGAUGUUUAGCAGAUGUUAAUUAGAUUGCGAUGCUUUCCAGAUGAAAAAAUCUAAAACAGACAUCUCGGAGAUGUACAUGUGCUGUCUGGGAACUGGAAACUAUUUCGAAAGAUUUAUUUUCAAUGUUUGGUUAACUUAACAAUUAACACAACAGGUACAAAACCCAUCGAACAAACUGGAUGUCUAUCAUUCAUCAGCCUUAUUUUUGUUAGUGUCUAAUUAAAAAUGGUCCAUAUGCCAUGCAUUUUCCAUUUUCGGUAGAUAAAUGUUUUUGCAGUGUAUGCUGCUGAACUAGCAGAUUUUGCUUUGCAAGCCAUCUGCUACCCACAAAUUAAUAAUGUUAGAAAUAAACCAAAUGUUUUGCACUGUAUGGGUAUGUUGGUACUCUUAAACAACCCCACGUAAAAAAAAAAAUUAAAAAAAAAGGAAAAGUAGAAGCUUGUAGAUUACAUCUACCUAUGGAAACUUUAGACUUAGAUUUUGGUAACGUUUUGUGACAAUCCAGAUGACUACUUACAGUAAGUAAGUAGUCAUUGAAAAUGUUCUUUUCAAUCUAUUUUUAAGUUCUUGUUCUCACUUAGACAGCAUAGUGAGUGAAAACCAGUUCAGUAUACAGUAGUAUCUGACCCGGAGAGCACACAUACAUCACCUAGACGUCUAUUUGAUGUGUGUGUUUACAUCUGGAAGACGUAUUUUUUAGGUUGUUUGCUCAUCUGCAAUACGUCUGUAAGACUUUUCCUCUCGGAUGUCAAUAAGACGUUCAGCAGAUGUCUUUGAGACGUUUACGAAUUUGAAUGUUUGUAAAUCUGAUCUUUUUAAGAUGUUUAGCAGAUGUUUAUUAGAAUGUGAUGCUCUCCAGAUGAAAAGAUCUUAAACAGACAUCUCAGAGAUAUACGUGUGCCAUCUGGGGAAUAAACAGUGAUUUUGAAUGGAGCCCGAAAUGCUGCAGCAAUCGUAGGUGUUUUAUUUAGUGAGGCAACACAAUGUGAUUUAGUGUGUCAGUAUGUCUAUAAAACCUCAUAAUAUAUGCAUUCACUUAUGUAAUUUGAAUAUUUAACAUAUUCAAGUGAAGGAGAAGAAUAGUGUUGUCUUGGUUAACACUUAAGGCAUUGCCAAACGUCAAACAAAAUGAGAAUCAGGAGAUGGACAAAAUUACAGAUUUAGCUAGUUGCAAACAUCACAGUGCAAGGUAAUUUCUAUAAGGUAAUACAGGGUGUUCUGGCUACAGGCAAGAGGCAGCGUCCUGUUUACACUACCAGAUGCAGUUACAAUUUUGCUUUUCAGUUCAGCGUUUUAUAUAUUUUUUGCAUCUGUGUAGAAUUUGAUGUGUGAUGAAAUAAAUUCAGAAUAGAAGGUUUUGAUCUUAAAUGCAUCAGCAGAAAAGAGUUUGCUGAGUGGUUUAUGAAUGUAUUGUUUCAGUGGUGUGUGAAAUAAAUUGCUUUUACAAAGCUUCA